GACCUGUAAAGUCGCGCAACGUUCUCUUUAUUCUGUCCACCUUUGUUGAUCGGUAUUCAUAUAUUUUUUUAUUCUUUACGAUUCAUAAAUGAUUCAAAUUCAAACUUUUACUCGGAUACGUUUCCUCCGAAGCUUCUCGGUUCUUUAGAGAAACCUCCAGCUCUCUAUGGAAGCUAACCGCUAGCCGCCGCGAGCUCGCUAACGUUACAGGGGCUAACUUUAGCAGCUAGCCGUGUGUUGUUGUCCCGUUGUGAUAAAAACAAAGGAAAAACGAGUUUAAAGUGAAACAGAACUCCUCCAGAAUGACUUCUGCCUCUGCUAAGGUGGGGGAGAUUUUCUCUGCAGCCGGAGCCGCUUUCACCAAACUGGGCGAGUUGACGAUGCAGCUCCACCCGGUGUCGGACUCCAGUCCUGCAGGAGCCAAAUGGACGGAGACGGAGAUCGAGAUGCUUCGAUUGGCCGUGCGUCGCUUUGGAGACGACCUGAACAACAUCAGCAGCGUCAUCAAAGAUCGCACCGUUGCUCAGAUAAAAACCACCGUGAAGAGGAAGUUGUAUGAAGACAGUCGAGUCCCGAUUUCGUCCGAGUCGCCGAAGAAGACGGUCAAGAAAGCUGCUGCCGUCGCCAUGACGCAGGCCCCGGCCCCGCCCCCCACCGCCGCCCCGGCCCCCGCCAUGAUCGCCGUGCCGUCCUCCCAGGUUGUCGUGGCGACGGGCAUGCAGAACAGCCCCUCUCUGGCCCCGCCCAUCAAGAAACAGAAGGCGGCAGACGUGACGCUCAGCGCUCUGAACGACUCCGACGUCAACAGUGACCUGGUGGACAUCGAGGGACUCGGGGACGGCUCGUCCAACAAGAAGCUCAACUUUGACCAAGAAAGUCUCAACCUGGACUCCAGCCUCAUCAUGAACUCCAGCGACCUCCCCCUCCUCUCCCGCUGACCGCACACUUUUAUUUUUAUUAUUCUGGUUAUUUUAUUUUUCUAGACGUCUCCUGUGUCGUGUCCAGCCUCCGAGGAGCCUCAGGUCAGAAUCAUGUUUUAGUUGUAGGGUCCAGACAAACACGUCUGUGACGAUCACGAAGAACAAAGAGUCAAUAAACUAGAACACGUUUUAUCAGAAGACCUCAAAGCGUCGGUCGACACGUCUCACGUCUCUGGACGUCCUGAGGAAACAACGUGAGAUUUAUCGACUGAUUAUCGAUCGAUCAGCAGCUGAUGGAGAAACUGUUUUAAUUAUGUUGAGUAAAAAAGAACUAAAAAACAAA